AAAAUGUAAACAUUUUCUCUUCCUGUGCUCAUUUUCUAUUGAAAAAAAAAAAAUUUUUUUUUUUGAGGGGAAGGUGUGUUUAACUUUGAGAUAGAGUGACUAAUAGCACCACAAAACAUGGUGUUCCUGUAUGCAGCUAGUUAUAAUACCCUUCCCUACAAUGAUCAGCAUAUUGCCCUUGACCAUUUUUACUUCCACAGAUGAGCAGAGAGACAAGGACUGUGAUUGUAAGAGACUUGGUAAUUUUCAAAGAAUGGGAUUAUCAUAGACUUUAACUUUACGUUAAAAAAGACAACAAUGCAUCCUGUUUCCACAUCCAGUCACAUCUUCACUGAUUCACAAUGUGUCAAAGGACACCUGGUACCUGCCGCCUUUGCUUGGGAACUGAGAAGUUGUGUUGUGCUGCAGUGUUUGCUGAUGCUAUCACGACAGAAGGAAUGCUGAUUCUGUCCCUUUUAACGCCUGUGUGAAACUGACUUUUCAUACACUGUGCAUUCUGUGACCUUCCAUGAAGAUGUCUGAACCUGACUCUUCCUCUGCGUUCUCGGGGAGUGUGGAGAAUGGAACUUUCCUCCAGCUGUUUCCCACAUCCCUGUCCACAUCGGUGGACCCAUCCUCGGGCCACCUGUCAAAUGUCUACAUCUAUGUGUCCAUAUUCCUCAGCCUGUUAGCCUUUCUGCUCCUGCUUUUAAUCAUCGCCCUCCAGAGGCUCAAAAAUAUCAUCUCCUCCAGUUCCUCCUACCCGGAGUAUCCAAGCGACGCUGGGAGUUCUUUCACCAACUUGGAAGUCUGCAGUAUUUCCUCGCAAAGGUCCACUUUUUCAAACCUUUCCUCCUGAAUGGAAUAAUUCUUCAGUGCCGUGGUCGCUGAAGCUUUCCCUCAGGGGAAGUAUCACAGGAAGCAGGCACCUCAGGAAAGAAAUGCCCAUUUUGUUCUUUUUCCCCAGUUAGACCUUGUUCUCCUCCUCCUUCAGCCCUGAUUUCUUUUUCUGUUCAUGAUGCUUUUAGUGUGAAUGUAGGAGUUGAUGCUGACAGAAAUGCUUGCAUGGUGAAGAAUUUCACCCAGAUUGCUUGAUGAACCUGGAGCUGGCUUCUCGGUGGGGCAGGCCACCCUGUUGGACACCGGAGGCCUAACUCACCUGAGGCGGCCUCGCAGAGGAAGCUGGAUCAGGGCUCUGCACUUUUGUUUCUCUUACAAAACCAUGAAAUCAAUGGAGCCAGCAGAAACUGGCAAAGUGAAGUCUGAGCUAUGUAGAAGAUAUUUUACAUAUUGAAAAGAUAAAGUGAAAAGCACCAAGUUUUUAAAAAAAAGUCAGUUUAGAUUUCAUGUAUAACAUCUCUACAACCAGAGGCAAAAAUAUGCUAAGUGUUUUAUUUCAUUUCACUUUAACCAAUGAAAACCACAUUUAUUGAUGAAUUAAGUCAUAUAUGGAGAAGUUCUGGAAGACUUUAACUUUUAAUAGCAAGACAAAUAUGUAUUAUGAUGCCAUUUGUAACAUAUUUCUGCCUGUUGGGGUUUUUUUCCUACUUAUGUUAUAGUCUUAAUGACUCUAUGUUUGUGGAAUUCUUUGUGAUAAUUGCUGUUGCUAUUACUAAGACAGGCACCAGAACAGACACUGGAAAUUUUUAUUUUGUAUCUGUAAUUUCCAUCAGUGGGAAUCAUACAUACGGAAAAUACUCAUUUAGUUGUAUUUUGCAAAGUAAUAACUCUUCGUGGUUGUGAAAGUAUGUUCCUUUAUUCAGUUUCACAGUCUUCAUAAGCUCAGUGCAGAAUUAUAUUGACUUCAAGAUGUCAGAUGUCUGUUCACUCACAUGAGGUUGCAAAACUUAGAAGACUCCAUUGCUAAAUAUUUAUGUUGUUAUAUACUCUGUGAAUGUUACAUGUCUCUGAUAAUUCACUGUUGUGUGUUACCGUAAGACUCUACAUUAGGAUUCCAGGAUGUGGAUUUAUGUUUAAAAUUGUAAACACAUUGGGUAGGGGGCUGCUAUACUGUGGUCAGCCAAGCACACUUGAACUUGGGGCUUUGUGCAUGAAAGGAGGCACCCUCCAGAGCAUAGACAUGGAAUGUGGAGGGACUCAAGUUGCCCCAAAAAAAACUAACAAAGCAAGCAAAGAGUAGCUUUGCUACUUUGCAGCUUCUUAAGAGUAAGAAUUUUAAUAUAAUUUUUGAAAUCAGUGGUCCACCAUGUAAACACUGAAUGUAUUCAUCCUGCAAAGCCCCUGCAUCAGCAUGGCCCCAUCUGCCCAGGGCAACUGGACAUUUCUUAUCCAAAAUAUUUAAUAAUCUGGAGUGGUGGGGCCUUCAAGCCACCCUUUGGUUUGGUUGCGUGGCUUCUGGAGUAGGAUAAAGAAUGCACCAUUUUUACAGGUCAUACCUUUGUCAUUCUAAAAUGCUGAGAGAGAUGUGAAUUCACAGGAUCAGAAGGUGUUUGUUUGUUUGUUUUUUUAAUCCAUAAGCCUCGCUGAAAUCCAACCGUAUCAGAAGGUUUAUGUAUCAAAAAUCUCCCCAAACACUAAAAGACCUGCACAGAGUUGCAGCCCUGAAAUAUGUAAUGAGUGAAAAUUUCCCCUUUGCUGUCAUUUAAAGCACAGCAGUGUGUUACAAUGUUAUUAUGUAGUAUAAAUGCUGGACUGGAAAAACUCUAUUUUAGACCAUUAUUAGCAUUCUCAGUGUGUGUGUGUGUGUGUGUGUGUGUGUGUGUGUGUGUGUGUCUCCGUACACAACACAGAAUAUAUUAUAUAUAUAUAUAUAUUCACACCCUUCCCAAUUAAGAGUUGUGUGAAAGCUGCACAGGAUUCAGAGGCAUCUAUAUUAUCACUUUUGCUCUUUGAUUAAUCUUGUGCUAUUUUGGUUACCAAGGAAGAAAGGACUCCGAUGAACUGAUUUUAAAAAAUAAAGGAGCAAAUUUGCCACAUGACAGUAUAAUCUGUGAAUGAUCUGCUCUAAGGGGGUAACUUUACACUGUUUCCUUCUGGGAGAGAUCUAAAGGCUUCCAGGACUAAAACUAAUUUUUUUUUAAAAAAUUUUCAGGCACACCCCUCCCUUCCCCUCCCACCCAACCCCUCUCCACGAGGGUUCCAGCUCUCAAGGUUAGUGGUUGGGAGCAACAUUCAAAGACAUAAAAUAGGGUUUGUCACUCCCAGCUUGUCAGGAUAACACACUGUACAACCUGAGAUGAAUUUGUGUUAAGAAGUUCAGGAAGGUUGGAAGACUGGUUUAUAAAUAAAGAAAUCAAGCCCACUGGAA